ACAUUAUAUUCAAUUUAUAAGGGGUAUUAUAAGAGUUGUAUAGGUUUAUAAAUCAACUAAAAGAGUCUAUAACCAUUUAGAAAGCCUUAUAAAAUAAUUUAUAAUGGUUUGUAUAAUAAUGUAUACGAGUUUAUAAAAAUAAUUUAUAAAGUUUAUACACCAUUAUAAAGGAUUAUAAUAAAACAAUUUAUAAGGAUAUGUAAAAUUUCUGAAGCGGUGGAGCCGUGCUUGCUGUCCACAUGUGCCUUAGAAUCUGUCACGUAUCAUCAUCUCUUUACAAAGCCUUAUAAGGGUAUGUAAAAUUAUUUGUAAGAGUAUAUAAACCAUUAAUAAAGACAUAUAAAACAAGUUAUAAGAUCUAUAAAUCAUUUAUAAAUGUUUAUAAGAAAGUUAUGAAAGUUUAUAAAUAAUUUAUAAGAGGUAUGUAUACUUUUAAUAAGGGUUUAUAAAAACUUUAUGAAAGCCUUAUAAAAUAAUUUAUAAUGGUUUGUAUAAUAAUAUAUAAGGGUUUACAAGAGUAUGUAAAUAUUUUAUAAGGGUUUAUAAAAAUAAUUUAUAAAGUUUAUACACCAUAAUAAAAGAUUAUAAAAUAAUUUAUAAAAGUAUGUAAAAUUUCCGAAGCGGUGGAGUCUUGCUUGCUGUCCUCAUGUGCCUCACAAUCUGCCACGUAUCAUCAUCUCUUUACAAAAGUAUAUAACUAUUUAUACAGGUUUAUAAAACUAUUUAAAAGGGUGUAUUAAACUAUUUACAAGAACAUAUAAGCUAUUUAUAAGUCUAUUGUUAAAAGUACAACUCGACGAUUUAUAAGUUUUUAUUAAGAAGUUUUUAAACAAGAGUUGAUUGUAUAUGUCUAUACAAAACACAUAAAUGUUUGAAGUUGAGAAGUCUUGUGAGGAAUGCUAGGCAGAAUGAGUGUAAGAAACUCAAAGUGAUUUAUAAGCGUUUAUAAAUUUAUUUACAAUGGCUUAUAAGGUAAUUUUUCUAAAAUCCCUCCAAAAGACAAUCAACACAAAAAAGACAUAUCUGGUGAAAGAGCCACGUCCUUCAACAAGGGAUAUAUUGCUUUAACAUAGUCUGAGAACAUCAAGGCUUCUCCAUAUCUCACUCUUCUAUAAAAGAAACAAUUGAAACCAAACUCACUUACAUGUCCAACUAAUAUCUUCAACUAUGUAACUACUAAAAGAGAGAUACAAUUGUUUUAGUAUAAGAGAUGUCUAAAUAAGAUGAGAGAGAAGAAUGUACUAAGAAGCCAACUCUGCAACUUUUAUAAAGCGUUAUAAAUACGUAAUUCUUUGAUAGCACAAACCACAUUCUUCUUCAGAGUCUCUCUUGCCUCUUCAAACAGCUCACCAACCUCGUAAAUUUUCAAAAUCUGAACAAAAGCCAGUCACAUAUUAUUUCUACGCAUCAGCAUUCACUUCCAAAAAUAAGAUUCAAAAAUAGUAUGCUUUCGUAACUCAACAAACUCAUCAUUCAUCUCCACUGCUUCUGUAGAUAUUAUACACAAAACAAGACAUAAAAAAUAAACUCACAAAGUAUAAAUAGAACGUUACACUACCAAAACACCAACGUUCCACCUCAUAUACUGCACAUACUAAAACAUUGCUAGUCAAACUACAAAUAGUAGCAUUGUAUUACCUUAAGGAAGUGAGAUACUUAGAUAUGCAUAUCACCACACAUAUUCUCCGCAACAUCCUUUAAAUCCAAAAGCUGACAACACACAUUUGUAAUUCUCUGCAACAUCACCAAAUCAACCAAGAGAAGAAGUAAUCAUAGAAUAAUUAUACUCUUAGGUUAGUACCUUCUCAUGAAUUAAAUAAUUAUAUAAAUCUGAAAACUAUGACAAUAAAUCAACAAAAUCAAUAAUUGUACUCUUACGUUAAGCUUUGUGUCUUUUGAUUGCUAACAGAUCAACAGUAAGAUUUGAAAGGACCCAAUUUAUAAGAUCUUAUAAAUUUGAGAUCUGAAAACUUCACUUGAAAAACUUCGUCUUCUUUCUUAGAAACAUAUCGAUUUUGAUAAAUCAAGCUAAGAUUACAGAAAGAGGCAAAAAUCACCAUAUACUAUCAUCUUACCUUUGUUAGUGUUUCUUAGGCGUUGGGAGAGAGAUCGUCUCGUUCGUCUGAGCUUGUCGAGUCUGUCAGCUUUGCCGGAGAACUUCUCGGCAUGCGAUUCGUGACGAACAUGACCGAUUUAGCAUCGGAGGAUUACUACGACUACAUAAUGCCGGCGGAGGAACGGCGGGAUGUCCACUCGCCGCCACGCUCUCCCAAUCCGGUCGAGUUCGUCGGAGAUCGUCGAGUUCACCGGAGAUCGCCAAGUUCGCCGGAGAUCGCCGGAGAUCGCCGAGUUUGCCGGAGAUCUCGUUGGAGCUCGUCUCAAUUUGAUCUCAGUUUCAUCUCGUGACAGACAUUUGGAGAAGAAUAGAUCUUGGUUAAAUUAAUGAAAUGAGGGGUAUAAUGGUACUUUAGCCAUUAAAAUUUUAAUGGUAAAUUUGAAAAGUGUAAAGUUGAAAAGUGGUAUUAGGAAAGUGGUAUUAGUGGCAAUUCUCCUAAAUAUUUAAGUAUAUGAUUAACAUUAAAAAUAUAUACCAAUUAUGUUUUAAAACAAUAAUUUAUGUAUAGAAAAUUGAAAACAAACACCCGUGCGGUUGCACGGGUCAAAAUCUAGUGUUCAGUUAAUUGUCAAUUGAGGUUCCGAAUAUGUUCAGUUUGAUUUGUGACAAGAGUGUCCUCUUUCGAUUUUAAAUUGAAAAUUCAAAUAGUUUUAUUUGUGUUACGAUAUGGUUAUGGAUGGAGCUAAUGGAAAUAUAUACCAAUUUAAAGUUGUGCAAGAUUGAGGUUCAACUAAAUUGAUUUUUUGGAAAUGAAGUUUCUUCACAUCAACAGACAAGUUCUUUUGACUUGUCUUUAUCCGCAAUAUGAAGAUCGGUGCGAUCUUCCCCAGUGACCGUGUUAUUAUCAAGAUAGUUUUUUUCAACGAGACAACCAACUUAAAUUUUAGUAUUUCAUUUUUAUAUCUCUGUAGUUUGUUUUUGUCGUUUUUGAUUGUCCGGAAAAAAUAUAUUUUUGCUGGCUUGUAUAAAACUUUUAAUAUAAUCCAAUAGAUGAAAAAAAUAAGAGAAAAUAGGAAAAAUGAGACACAUAGAAUUUGGGUUUGUCCCAAUAGGACUUUUAGAAGAUUAUUUAGUGAAGAUUAUUUAGCUAAACCACUCAUCUCACUGUCACUUCUUUCGAAUUUCACUAAAUAAAGACAAGCAUGGACUUAUCUAAGUUGACUCUACAUUCAAACAUUUUACACUGAAACUUGAAACAUCUCACAUUCUUGAAAGAAAGAAAAAGUCAAAAACAAUUCUCAAGAUUGCUAAUUAUAGAGGUGACAACAAAAGAGACAAGUUUAAGCCAAGGAUCUUAGAAAAUGUCUCUCCACCAUUAGUAUUGACCUCCUCUCAAUGUUUGUAUAUAUACACAACCAGAUCCUUUUAUGACAAACUCAGUCUGAGGUUUAGCUUUUACUAUAGAAAAUUAAGGGUAAUAUAUAAAAAAAAACAUUUAACAUGUGUCUCAAGGCCUCUUCUUCUCUCCUCUCUCUCACCAUCUUACUCGGUGUAUCAUCCAUUGUAUCAGCUGUUAACAUAACCAGAGCACUCGAUAAAUACCCUGAAUUCAGCACCAUGACCGAACUUUUCGCCAAGACCAAGCUCACACCAAUUAUUAACAAACGUCAGACAAUCACCUUGUUGGCUCUUAGCAACGAUGCUAUCGGUUCCAUCUCUGGUCGACCCGAGGACGAGCUUAAGAACAUUUUAAUGAACCAUGUGGUUCUUGACUUCUACGAUGGGCUCAAGCUCAAGGCUAUAAAGGACAAGAGCACAAUGCUCACCACACUUUACCAAUCCACCGGCUUAGGCCAACAACAAAACGGUUUUCUCAAGUGCAGCAAAACUAACGGAAAGAUUUACUUCGGGUCUGCUGUGAAAGGCGCUCCUCAGACCGCUGAGUACAUCACGACCGUGUUCCGUAACCCUUUCAAUCUCUCUAUUGUCCAGAUAAGCAUGCCCAUUGUGGCUCCUGGACUAGGGGAUCCGGUUGAGGUUCCUUCCACACCACCCAUGUCUUCACCACCGGCUCCAUCUCCCAAGGAGGCUGCAGACGCUCCAGCUCCUGGACCAGCUGAGGAGGAGGGUUACGCAGAUUCUCCUCCCGGUGGAGCUCCAGAAACCGCACCUGCAUCAGCUCCAUCAGAAGAUGGUUCUCCUGCUCCAGCUCCAGGUCCAGGUCCAGAAAAUUCCGGUAAGAAGAAGAAGAUGGCAGCAGCUGAUGAGGCUGAACCACCUACGUCUGCUUCUAACACCGGUUUGAGCUUUGGUGCAAUUCUAGUUCUCAGUUUUGUGGCUAGCUUUGCUGGAUUCUAAGAUGUUUUAAGACACAGCGAGUUGAAAACAGUUUGAAAAUGUGACUCGACCGUAGACUAGUGAUAAUCAUAGUGAUACGAAGUGGACCAAAAUUCCUAACAAGUUCUAUCCACACUAAUGUACCUCAAAAUCAUUUAUCAUUAGGGAAAUUUUUUAUCGUUAGAUCUUAGAUGUAACCUGUGUUUUUUAAUCUUCAUUCAUCCAAUUCAACACGAGACAACCCAACAAAACGUGCAACCAAAUUGCUUCAUGGGAUCAUUUCAAAUCAACCAAUAUCAGAAAGUUUUAGCAUAAUGAAACUGCACAGAACUGAUCAAGCACUGCUAAAAUGAUGAAACCGAGCUUAAAGGGUUUUCACCAAAGUAUCAAAAUAAAUCCUAAAAAAAUCCAGCAAUUGCUCAUACUGAUGAAGUCUAUUUGAUAAUAUUGCCGAGGGCCGAAGAGAGAUACAAAAGAUUCGGCAUUGGUCUAGCUGCAGUCUGUCACUUAAGCUUCUCUACGAUGUCUGCAAUGACCUGUUCCAUAUCAAGAUCCUUCAUCUCCUUAAAUGGGCGCUUCAUAUCCUACAACAUUAAAGAAAGUCACAUCACCUGCUAUGUAACUUGAGAAGAUUAAAGAACAUGAAAGCCACAUCCUACGUCACCAACAAACUGAUUAGCUAAUUAUUCAUGCUUCAAACUACUUAGCACUUAACUUGAUUCAGCUAAAGAGAAAACAACCAAAAAACCAUUUUAUGAUGCUCACAAAAUACCAUUCGUGAUCAGUUGACCCAGAGCAAAAACA